AUGGAUGAAAGCAUCAAACAGCAUUACCUGGCUGACUCGCCUCCUACUGUGGUCAGACUGGAAAUCAAGUCACACUUCGAUACUCUCAAAGACCAAAACUUGAGAAAAUAUGCGCACUUCAUGAGCAGAGCUGCAUUUGAGGGCACUCGAGUCACUUUGCGUCAGGUUUCCCCUGAGUCCGAACCUAUUUACGACCUCAUUCUGGCACUCCACCACGCCUCUAAUGGCGAUUGGAACAGCCUCGCCCAGAAAACACAAGUCAGCCCCGAAGACCUCCGUUUCUUCCUUGAAUAUGCGGGUCAAUUCUUGGGCAACUGCGGAAACUACAAGGGCUUUGGUGACUCCAAGUUCAUCCCUCGGCUGUCCGCAUCCGCAUUCGAGGCUCUGGCUUCGGCUACUACGGAGACGAAGGCGGCUUUCCAGAAGGCUAACACCACUGGAGGAGGGAUCUACGAGACCAGUGAACAGUCGAUGAUGCACCUCGGAUACCCCAAGGGCGGCCACAUGACCACCUACUACCCCGAUUCGCCGACGAUCUCACAGGAGGAGAUCACGGCAAUUGGGGACUUGAUGGAGAAGAAGGGACUUGCGCUAGAGAAUACUAGAAUCCGGAAGACAUCUUCGGGUGAUUUCGAGCUUUUGAUCGCAUCUGGUGUUUCAUCACCUCCUGUGAGAGACCGGGAUCUUGGCGAUGUGGACACAUUUGAGCUUGAUGGAGAUCUGAAAGGAAAGACCGUGCGUCUUGUCUUCGGUGACCAUCAGGAGGAGAUGGCAAAGAUCGCCCACAGCAUCAAGCAGGCUAAACUUGUUGCCGCAAAUGACAAUCAAAAGAAGAUGUUGGAUUCAUAUGCUCUUUCAUUUGGAGCUGGAUCCAUCGAGGCUUUCAAGGAGAGCCAGCGUAUCUGGGUUAAGGACCAAAAGCCUGUGCUGGAGACAAACCUGGGCUUUGUUGAAACAUACAGAGACCCCCAUGGUGUGCGCGGAGAAUGGGAAGGCUUCGUUGCUUUGGUCAAUCUGGAACGCACCCGAGCCUUUGGUACGUUGGUUGACAGUGCCGAGAGCAUGAUCCCCAAGUUGCCCUGGGGUACGGACUUUGAGAAAGACAAGUUCCUCAGUCCCGACUUCACGUCAUUGGAGGUCUUAAGUUUCGGCUGCUCAGGUCUCCCGGCUGGUAUUAACCUGCCUAACUAUGAUGAUAUUCGUCAGAACCUUGGCUUCAAGAACGUGUCUCUAGGCAAUGUUCUCAGCGCCAAGGCUCCUAACGAGGCUAUUCCUUUCAUUGCUGAGAGUGACCAGGAGGUCUACCGCGCAUUCCGAGACCCGGCCUUCGAGGUCCAGGUCGGCAUCCACGAAUUGCUGGGUCAUGGAACUGGAAAGUUGUUGCAGGAGACAGCGCCAGGGGAGUACAACUUUGACAUUAAGAACCCGCCCAUCAGCCCUGUCACCAACAAGCCUGUAUCGACCUGGUACAAGCCUGGACAAACAUGGAGCUCAGUCUUUGGCUCCAUUGCUUCGUCAUAUGAGGAGUGCCGUGCUGAGUGCGUGGCCAUGGUGCUUGGCUGCGAUUUUGGUAUCCUAAAAAUCUUCGGAUUCGGCGAUGGCAAGGAAGACUUGGCCGGUGAGGCCGGCGACGUCUUGUUCGCGGCCUACCUUUCCAUGGCUCGCGCCGGUCUGGUUGCCCUCGAGUUCUGGGAUCCGAAAACCCAGAAAUGGGGUCAGGCCCACAUGCAGGCUCGGUACAGUAUUCUGCGCACCUUCCUCGAUGCCGGUGAUGACUUUGUCAAGUUGUCUCACAGCAAGGAGGAUCUCUCUGAUCUGGAGAUCCGCCUUGACCGGUCCAAGAUCUUGACCCACGGACGCCCUGCCGUGGAGAAAUACCUCCAGAAGCUGCAUGUCUACAAGAGUACUGCAGAUGUUGAGGCUGGCAAGGGCUUGUACGACGAUAUUACCUCUGUUGACAGCUGGUGGGGAACCAGCGUUCGUGAGGUUGUUUUGAAGAACAAGGUCCCACGUAAGGUCUUUGUACAGGCCAACACUAUCCUUGAGGGCGACCAGGUCAGCUUGAAGGAGUAUGAACCGACUCUCGAGGGUCUCAUUCAGAGCUUUGCUGAGCGUAAUGCAAUAAUAGAAACCACGGUGUCGCGAGAAACGCCGCCGUCGGACCCAUCAACCACGGCGUGCCCGCCCCAUCCAACGGACUCCCUAGAGGAGGACGACGAUUAUUACACUGCACCUCCACCACACUCCCCAGCAUCAGCGUCAACUUCCUCACCUGCAUUUCCUCCGCCAUUUUCAUCUCUCAUCUUCUCGUCACUACCUGACACCAAUCGCCCAUAUAAAGUUACCGAACCUGGACCCGCUUGCCCUCCAGCCUUAGCGCCUCCAGCACCUGUCGAGGAGUCGCUCGAGCCGGCCCCAUCUUCGGCAGUUGUUGCUGACACGAAAGCGUCUUUCACUGAACCAAAAAACGAGGGCUCUUCCGACGACGGUGAACCACCACCGCCAUACACAGAAGGCUAUAGCCCACUUGAAUCAUUCACCUACGUGAUGGCUGCUGCAGGGGGUGCCUCCAGCAUCAUAACUCAGGUCCAGCAGACCGGGGGUCCGCCAAUCAACACUCUUGGUGAUAUCGGCGGAGAUGAACACGUCGGCCUCGACCUUCGUGGUACGCGGUUUACCCUUUCGCGAGAUGAGCUGUUGACUUUGCCUGAAUUCGUUCUGCUCUCCCUCUUCCCAAAUGGCCUCCUCCCGGAUGGGCAUUCUACAAAUGGUUUCCAUGACGGGGAUGUAUUCCCGGUUGACUAUGACCCGGUCUCACUUCAGUACAUGCUGGAUUUCUUCCGAACUGUUGCUCAAACAAUUCCCUCAUCUCUGCCUUCUGGUUCAAACUCACCAGACCUGGAAUUGAUGGACCCAAUGCAGGGAUCAGCCCGUGACAUGCUGCAGGACCGUGCUGGCAUCAUUGUCCUCCGAGAGGACCUUGACUUCUAUGUGAUCCCCCCUCGCGCCGACAUUGGACACGAUGAAAUGCUCGAGGUCAAGCGCGCGGCGGGUAGGUCGCUGUUGCGACAGGACGGCAUCUUUUCUGGACUGCGCAAGAGCGAGGAGAUUGGGUCAACCGAGCAGCAUCUUAUUGAAAUGCUGACAGCUGGAGGAUUUGAUCGUGCUGACCAGUGGGGCCACCGUGCCCCGGAGCCUAACAAGGCCGUAAUCUGCAGUCUCGCACUGGCCAAACUCCGCACCGAUAUCCGCGGAGACCUAUCGAACAACAAUUCCGUGGGCAUGGCCCAGAAGCUUCUCCUGUUUUGGCGCAAGCCUGCCCGCCGCUGCUGGUGGGAGGGCAUUGAGCUAGACGACGUCGAGGGCGUUGAGGGGCCAGUAAAGGUCUGGAUCCGGCGUGUGUGGACCUUGGAGAUGAGUGUUAUUGGACUUCGUUGA